UUGGAAGGAGGAGUCCCUUCUCUGAAGUAAAGUCGGAGUGAUCAGAGGGUUUUAUUUCCCAGCCUGUCUCUGUAGGACAUCAGAUAAACUGCCUUGGCGGGGAGAAGCCAGCGCCGGAGGAGUUGGCCCUGGAGGCUCAAGGGUCCUUGUCGACGCCCGAGACAAGCUGGGCAUCCCUUGGCAGCAUUCAGAGAACGAGAAGCAUGGAAUGUUCCUCAUGGCCUUCGAGAACAAAGCCGGGCUGCCCGUGGAGCCGGCCACCUUUCAGCUGUACGUCCCUGCCCUGAGCGCGCUCUGGAGGGACUCUGGCAUCAGGGAAGCCUUCAGCCGGAGGAGCGAGUUCCAGCUGGGUGAAUCAGUGAAGUACUUCCUGGACAACCUGGACCGGAUCGGCCAGCUGAACUACUGCCCUAGCAAGCAGGACAUCCUGCUGGCAAGGAAGGCCACCAAGGGCAUCGUGGAGCAUGACUUUGUCAUUAAAAAAAUCCCUUUCAAGAUGGUGGAUGUGGGCGGCCAGCGGUCUCAGCGCCAGAAGUGGUUCCAGUGCUUUGACGGGAUCACGUCGAUCCUGUUCAUGGUCUCCUCCAGUGAGUACGACCAGGUCCUCAUGGAGGACCGGCGCACCAACCGGCUGGUGGAGUCGAUGAACAUCUUUGAGACCAUCGUCAACAACAAGCUGUUCUUCAACGUCUCCAUCAUCUUGUUCCUCAACAAGAUGGACCUGCUGGUGGAGAAGGUGAAGACCGUCAGCAUCAAGAAGCACUUCCCGGACUUCCGGGGCGACCCGCACAGGCUGGAGGACGUGCAGCGCUACCUGGUCCAGGGUUUCGACCGGAAGCGGCGGAACCGCAGCAGGCCCCUCUUCCACCACUUCACCACCGCCAUAGACACCGAGAACAUCCGCUUUGUGUUCCACGCCGUGAAGGACACCAUCCUGCAGGAGAACCUGAAGGACAUCAUGCUGCAGUGAGGGCCCCCCGCCGUGGCCGGACGCACCCGCCGGCAGGGGCCGCGCCGCUGCGGCGUUAGCUGCUGAAGCCUGGGGGCUGGUGCAACUACUGAAAAGCCGAGCGGCCCCCCUGGGGUUGACGCGGCGCGCCCGGCAACACAGCUCACUGUCUUCUCACAGAAACUGCUCCUUUUCUGACACAGUUCGGCCGAGGACCACGUGUGUGCGUGCGCACACACACUCAUUAAUGACAAACACAAAACCCAUGGCUUCGCAGAUGGCUUUUCUCCAACUCAUUAGUCCUCAGUAAGGAGCGUUGCCUGGGGACGGUUGUAGGCAGUGAAGUUCACGCCGAGCUCAGAGCCCCCGCACCCACACCCCCCAGCCGCGGGGCCUCAGCGCCACCCCCAAGGGGGCGAGCUGCCUUUUCAGCCUCCUGUGCCAGUUUCCCGAGAGGCCACGACCCCGGCUGUACAGGAAGCGAGUGAGCACUCGCAGGUGUGGACUUGCCUUAAUGCCCCCACC